AUGUUGGAGCGUGGCGCCCCUGGCGGCUGGACCCGGCGACGCGCGCGCCCGGAGCGGGACCGGCCGGCAGUGGCACCUCGCUCGUUGUCGCGGCCGGUCGCCUCGAGUCGUCGGCGAGACUUCCUUAGAGCACGUGACAACACUCGGCGAUUUCAGUGGUGGUCGCCGGUGAAUCGAGCCCGUUCGUCGUCGACAUCGUGUCUUUGGUCAUCCGAGACGACGCCGAGGAGCCUUGAAGAAGACGAAACCGGGAGGCGCGGACUGUUGGUACGCCUGCUGGAGCCGUCCCCUUGCGGCCGGGACAACCUGUCCUCGACUCUCGCUGCCGGAGAUGGCCGCGCGCCGCUGCAGGUAGCGAUCUGCCCGAUGGGCGCCUCCUCCCGGGGCCCGCUCGGGGCCCGCCCCCCGCUCCUGCUGGCCGCGGCGCUGCUGCUGCUGCUGGCUCCCGGGACCUCGCCCCUCUCGCUCAGCCACUGGGAGCUCGAGGGCGCCAACGAGACGUGCGACGGCCGCGCCGUGUGCGACUCCGGGGCCAAGUCCCCGCGCUCGCGCUCCCGCGCCGCCGACGACCUGGACUGGCGCGAGCGCAACUGCCUGUGCGACGAGCUGUGCGCGCGCUACGGCGACUGCUGCCUCGACUCGCCGCACUUCGUGCCGUCGGAGCAGCGGCGCGGGGCGGCGUCCUUCUCGUGCGUGGAGCUGCGCCAGUUCGGCGGCGUGUACAUGCGCGACUCGUGCCCUCCCGGGUGGCCGCACCGCGCCGUCAGGGACGGCUGCGAGGCGGCGCCCGGAGACUGGAGCGACCCGCUCGCCGCCAUGCCCGUCACCAGCCACCGCACGGGCGUCACCUACCGCAACCCCAGCUGCGCGCUGUGCCACGGCGACCUGCAGCACAACACCACGGACCUGUGGGGCCCGCGCCUCGAGUGCCCCACCCUGCACCUGCAGUUCCGGCUGCGGCUGUCCGAGGUCACCAACUCGCUCGUCUACAGCCCGGAGCAGCAGUCGUGGGGGCUGAACCUGACGGACACGGGCUUCAAGGCGUGCCACGUGGACCCGGUGAUGCCCGAGACGGCGGGCCACGUGGUGCGGCGCUGCCAGCCCGACAUCGUGCGCACGUGCGCCGUCAACUGGACCAACUCGGAGGUGCGGCACCGCUGCGAGGCCUACACCAGCCUCGUGUACAACGGCGGCGUGGGCUACCGCAACCCCCACUGCGCCGUCUGCAACAAUGUGCCCAUCCAGUACCUGGCGUGCACCAAGAGCCUGCAGCGCUCCGCCUUCAACAAGGAGUGGAGCCCCGCGGCCUUCGCCGUGCUGUUCGACCUGUCCGGCGGCGGCGACGGAGCCGUGGGCAAGAUGCGCGCCUGCUCCGAGACCUCGGACCUGUACGACCCCUUCUUCCAGCGCUGCCGCAGCGUGGUCUGCCCCGCGGGCCGCGAGUUCUCCGAGGGCAGCUGCAUCGCCGCCGCGCCCUCCCCCGUCUACGAGGUCGGCGCCCGCGACAGCAACCACUCCUCCGCGGAGAUCCUGUUCCACCACCUGCCCGGCGAGGACAACGCCACCGCCGACGCCAGCCUGCCCCUGCUCGAGUGCCCCAAGUUCCUGCUGUCCGGCAAGGAGUUCAUGAUGCUGGGCAACGAGAGCAUCUUCGUGCCGCAGUACGAGCGCAUCUUCCAGGAGGGCGAGUACUGGCUGGUGGACGGCGGCGGAGUCGAGAUCUGCGCCGUGCCGCUCGGCCUGGAGCUCGUCGACAAGUUCGGGCCCUACAUGGGCUACGUCACCAUGGCGGGGCUGGGUGUGUCCGUGGUGUUCCUGUGCCUGCACCUGCUGGCCUUCGCCGUCGUGCCCGAGAUGAGGAACCUGUCGGGCAAGAACCUCGCGUCGCUGUGCCUCGCGCUGCUGCUCGGCUACCUGCUCUUCAUCUCCAGCCAGUUCCUCGCGAGGAAGACGCCCGAGUGCGUGGUCGUCGGCACGGCCACCUACUACCUCUUCCUGUCCUCCUUCUUCUGGAUGCUGACGAUGGCCUUCGACGUGUGGCACACGCUGCGCCUGGCCACGCUGGAGCUGCGCGUGUCCGCCGGCCGGCAGUGGCGCAAGUUCGCGUGCUACUCGGCGGUGGCGUGGGGGGCGCCCGGCCUGGUGGUGCUGGCCGCGGGGCUGGUGGACGCGGCGGGGCCCGGGGCCGUGCUGGACUCCCUGAGGCCCGCCAUGGGCCGCUACUCCUGCUGGUUCGGCAGCAGGGACGCGCUGCUCGCCUUCUUCGCCGCGCCGCUCGCCGUCGUCAUGGCGCUCAACAUGGGCUUCUUCGCGUCCAGCGCCUACAUGAUCUACGCCACCACGUCCACGGCCAGGUACACGUCCAGCAGCAACACGAGGCGCGACUUCCGGCUGUACGUGCGGCUGGCGCUCGUCAUGGGGCUGGCGUGGACCGUGGGGCUGGUGGCCGGCUCGCUGGACAUGGAGGGCCUGUGGUACGCCUUCAUCGCGCUCAACACGCUGCAGGGGCUCUUCAUCUUCCUGGCCUUCACCUGCACCGACAAGGUGAUCCGGGCCGUGAUCGCCCAGUGCGAGGGCUCCUGCCCGUGCCGCGGCUCCAGCAAGGUGCAUCGGCCCCCCUCCUUCUCCUGGUCGGGCACCUCCAGCUCCAGCACGCACAAGUCCCGCCUGGGCUCCAGUAGCGACGGCAGCACGCAGCCCCGCCCCCACGGCCUGCCCGACACGCUCUACUGAGCCGCCGGAGUGUGGCAGCACUACCUCCGCAACUAGCGCUGCGAGGCGGCCGCGCAGGAAAGCACCGUCACCUCUGCCUGCCCGACACGCUGUACUGAGCCGCCGGAGGGUGGCAGCACUGUUCCGCAGCGACUAGCGCUACGCAGCGGCCGCGUACGGAAGCACCGUCACCUCUGCCUGCCCGACAUGCUGUACUGAGCCGCCGGAGGGUGGCAGCACUGUUCCGCAGCGACUAGCGCUACGCAGCGGCCGCGUACGGAAGCACCGUCACCUCUGUCUGCCCGACAUGCUGUACUGAGUCGCCGGAGGGUGGCAGCACUGUUCCGCAGCGACUAGCGCUACGCAGCGGCCGCGUACGGAAGCACCGUCACCUCUGCCUGCCCGACAUGCUGUACUGAGUCGCCGGAGGGUGGCAGCACUGUUCCGCAGCGACUAGCGCUACGCAGCGGCCGCGUACGGAAGCACCGUCACCUCUGCCUGCCCGACAUGCUGUACUGAGUCGCCGGAGGGUGGCAGCACUGUUCCGCAGCGACUAGCGCUACGCAGCGGCCGCGUACGGAAGCACCGUCACCUCUGCCUGCCCGACAUGCUGUACUGAGUCGCCGGAGGGUAGCAGCACUGUUCCGCAGCGACUAGCGCUACGCAGUGGCCGCGUACGGAAGCACCGUCACCUCUGCCUGCCCGACAUGCUGUACUGAGCCGCCGGAGGGUGGCAGCACUGUUCCGCAGCGACUAGCGCUACGCAGCGGCCGCGUACGGAAGCACCGUCACCUCUGUCUGCCCGACAUGCUGUACUGAGCCGCCGGACGGUAGUAGCACUGUCGCUCUGCGACUAGCGCUGCGCAGCGGUUGUGCACGGAAGCACCACGCCUUGAAGCCGAGUAAUAGAUCCGGACAAUCACACAGACGCGUGUACUAAGAAAAGUUUGCACGUGCCGAUAAAGUUGUUAUUUGCAAACUGCAAACCGAGUAACUAGUUGCUGUUUUAAAAAAUAUUGCUGGCAAAACUAAAUUCUUUUGAACAAAAAUAUUAAUUUUGCUAAAUUAACAAGAAGAAUACUUGUAUUUAAAAACGCCGGUUUUGUUGGGUGAGCAACAUUUGCUUUCCAAUCAAGAAUGUUUCACAAAUCCAAUUAAUUUAUGUUCGGCAAACAACCCUUUGAUGUAGGCGUACUCAGUUUUUUGGAUGUGUGGGAACGCAGUUUUUUAUUGGCCACCCUCCGUUCUGUCACAGCUGUCAUACGUCCUGUGAGAAUCCGGGCCGUGAUGGAAAAAAAAAGGGGGGGGGGGGUGCGGAUGGAGUUCACGAUAAAUAGAAAAGUUUUGCUCCUGUGGUGAUCAUGUCGCUUACAUACUCAUCAUAGCUUUUGAAUGCGAGCAUACAAACAAAUUAUUCUUGAGGUUUCGGUGAUUGUCAAUUUUCAUGCGAAAGAAGGCUACUGCCCCACCAGCCACAGCCAAUCAGUGUGUGUGCAGCAAUGAGGCUGUCGCAGGACUGCGUGUGUCGAGUAUCUAUCUGGGUUGUGUACCCUUUAAUAUGUUUUUUUUUUUUGCAUAUUUUGAAUGCUACUGACUGUGUGAAAACAAUCUAAAGUUUACUGUACAAAUAAUCAUAAUUCUUGCCUUAUAUAGUUAAACAUUAACUUGAUGCGCAGGACUGUAUUUUAUAGUCUGUUGUUUUAAUAAUCUUGUUGUAAUUUUUGUAAUACAUGUAAUAGUGAUUAGAAAGAAUUUUCGAUGUUACAUUUCAUGAUUUCGAUUGAAGAUGUUAGCUUUUUGCAAUUCUAUCACCAUAAAUGUCAAGAUGUUGGCAGUUAAUGGUGCUGGUUACAUAGCUAGAGGAUUAUUUUCUCCAUCCUGAUUAGCAUUAUGUACUCUCAAGUGAAGUGUGCAAUUAAUUUUUAUUGUGUCUGUAUUUAUAUUCACUUACCUCAAAUUACUUAGUAUUUAUAAAAUAUUGUAAUUUUGAAUUCUUACAAGUGAAAUUAUUAAUAUAAAAUGAAUAAAUUAUGAAUUACUUUAAA